GCCCGCUGGAGGGGGCUGGCUCGGGGUUGGGCUCGGGCAGCGCUGGCUGCGCGCCUGCCUCUGCCGUGGUGCGGGCUGCCCGCAGGCUGCGGGCCGGGACCGAUGCUGGUCGCAGCUGUGGUGCCGCGGUGGGCACCUUCCCCCUAGUUCGCGGGGGCUCUGGGACGCGGCGCGGGCUGCAAGGCCUCAGGCCCCGGCCCGCUUCUGACGGGGGAACGGGUGUCGGUUUGGGCGGGGGCAGUGACGCCCGCUGCCUGCCGGGCACAGAAGCCUGUCCGUGUCGGCCCGGAGCGCCGCAGCUGCCGCCUGCCUGCCUGCCCUUCCUGGGCUCUCGGUGUGCCAAACCCUUUGUGCUCUUGGGCGCCCGCGGCUGCCCGUUAGUCUCUGCAGAGUGGGCUUUUGGCCUGGGCCUGCCCUUGCCGCGUAUGUUGAGGGCUCUGUUAUGUUUUUUAGGGUUUUUUUAUUGUUAUCGUUUUAUUUUUUAAAAUGAGAGUGAAGGCAUAGCAGGCGUCCGGAGCCGUGGAUGAUCAAGGUGGUGUGCAGCUCGUCUCGGUGAGCCAUGGCGUACCAGCUGUAUAGAAAUACAACGCUGGGGAACAGUCUUCAGGAGAGUCUGGAUGAGCUCAUACAGUCACAGCAGAUCACGCCUCAACUGGCCCUUCAGGUGCUACUUCAGUUUGAUAAAGCUAUAAAUUCAGCACUGGCACAACGAGUCAGGAACAGAGUCAAUUUCAGGGGGUCUCUGAAUACAUACAGAUUCUGUGACAAUGUAUGGACGUUUGUACUCAAUGAUGUUGAAUUUCGGGAGGUCACUGAACUUGUGAAAGUGGAUAAAGUGAAAAUUGUAGCGUGUGAUGGAAAGAAUACUGGUUCCAACACUGCAGAAUGAAUAGAACUGUGGUUUGUCUGCAAUAUUUCUGUUGAUAUGCAGCACUUUCUGAAGAGAAGCAUGGAAAGGGACUGUGUUUAUAUUUAAUUUUUGUGAUGCAGAUAUGAGUCAAACCAUACUAGAAGGCAUCACAGAAUGAUGACAGAAGAAAUAUCUGUAGCAUUUCUUCAGUUCACCUCAUAGGGCAUGAAUACAAUGUUACCUUUUUUUAUUUUUAGAUACAGCAGAUACUGUUGCCUCUUCAAAAUAAUUUCUGUAAUAAACUUUUAUUUAAAA